AUGGCGGACGAGCAACAAGAAGCACCCAAUCGAUUGACCAUGCAACGCCAGCUGCACAGGACACUUGUUCGACUGGCACGUGCUAUAAUUGAGAAACCGAUGGAAGAAUGGACGCCUGGACUUGUCGUGAGUCAUCGAACACUUCUCGGCGGCUACUGGAGCGACUAUAUGGGAAACCACUCGCGUCUCGUAAGCGUCGUCGAGAUUCCAGACGAUCCAUACUUUCAAGAAGACGCGUACGCAGAGGCCGAAUUAUUGGUCAUCAGCGCUCAGGCGCGUCUCGUCGAUGUUGAACUUCAAUCGCAGCCGCAGAACAUUGACGACGAUCAAACAGGGCCAAUGAUGCAUUCCAUUCGAGGGCCAGUGCGCCUACCACGCAUUGAGCUCAAUGAAUUUGACGGCACGCACAAGGAAUGGGAAUCUUUUCGAGAUUUGUUUCAAUCGCUGGUGCACAAUGAUCCUGGUCUGAGCGACGUCGAGCGGCUACACUACCUGAAGACAAGCCUGCGAGGAGACGCAGCAUCUGCCAUCCAAGGCUUUGAAAUCACCGCUCAGAACUAUCAACCAGCUUGGGCAGCUUUACUGUCACGUUACGAUAAUCACCGUCUGCUGGUACGAAAUCACAUCGAAGCGCUGCUUGAUCUGAAAGCCAUGACGGCAGAGUCCGCUGCGGAAUCGCAAAGAAUCCUGGAUGACAUUAAUCGGCAUCGAGCCCCACUGAAAUCGCUUGGCCGGGAAGUAAAGCAAUGGGACGACUGGUUCAUUGUACUUGGCAGCCGGGCCAUGGAUCCUGCGACGAGAUUAGCCUGGGAAGGAGAGGUAAACGUACAUAACCAGAAGGAGCCAGAUGCUCACCCUACAUUCCAACAGCUCGAACAAUUUUUAUUACGCCGAAGUCUGACACUCAAAGCUUCAGGAAUCGAACAUACACUACACUUGAACGAUGCUCGUCGACCAGCAGAUCGUACGACCACCCGAAAUGUACGUAGUCUCGUCACCACCACCGAGGCAAAGUGUCCACUGUGCAAGGGCAAACAUUACCUAGGCCGAUGCGACUCUUUUCUAAAAUUGGAUGUAAGCUCUCGUAGAGCACUAGUCUCGAAAGAGGCUCUGUGCCUCAAUUGUCUUCGAAGCCAGCAUCGCGCUCGAGAUUGUACAUCGCUCUUUACUUGUCGAUCGUGCCAAGGGCGACAUCAUACAUUGAUACACGAAGGACCCUCUCGGGCCGAGGGUCGUUUCGAAUACGGAACCGAGCCGAAAAGAGCCAGGAUGACCACAGUCGCUACUACAGCGACCCGGGGAGACGAAGGAGCCGCAACAAUUGUAGUCGGAGAUGGAGGUCUGCGUCGAGAGCGGAUAAGAGCGUUGCUCGACCCGUGCUCAGAGGCAACUCUUAUCAAUACAAGCGUGGCUCGACGUCUAGGAGCUCGCCUGAAGCGAGUGAAUGUCUCUAUCUCCGGUGCAGUGGGUCAGCCAAUGACAUCGACGCAAGUUCGAGCUUAUCUUUAUAUCUACGAUAUUAAACGAGAGCGGCGAUUACCAAUCGAAGCUUAUGGGCUGUCACGCAUCGGAAUCACCACGCCCGCUUGUACAAUACCAACGGCAGCCCUUCAACACUUUGCAGAGUUGGAGCUUGCAGAUUCCGGAUUUGGCACACCUGGGCCAGUUGAUGCAAUUCUCGGCGCGGACGUCUGGAGCAACAUCGUACUUCCCUCCAUGAUAUCCAGAAGAGGUGUGGUAGCGCAGUCCACCAUCUUUGGAUGGGCCAUAACGGGCACAAUUAAGAGCGACGUUAUGCCUCGACAAUCAAGCUCAGCUAUCUGUUCAAUGACUACUCGCAACGCUGACGAUUCCUUACAUGAGGAGCUGAUGGAGAUUGUACAGCGAUUUUGGGAAUGCGAACGUGUUCCUCACGUCCACCGGGAGUGCCCUCUCGCUGUUGAGUGCGAGCGCAUCUUCGCGAACGAGCACGGACGCAGACCUGACGGGAGGUACAUCGUACCACUACCCUCGAGGAUCAAAGAGCCGCAAGCUCUCGGAGAGAGCCUAUGUUAUGCACAAGCGGCAUUAAGUUCCGCGCACCGACGUAUGCAGAGUGAUCCAGAGCUUUCGAAAGCUUACCAAGAGUUUAUGGAUGAAUACUUGACAAUGGGUCACAUGCGAGAGAUAUCCCAACAAGAACUGCAAACCUACACCGGACCCUCGUGCUACAUUCCUCAUCACGGGAUUUGGCAGAAAAAAGACCAGGGGAGAAAGCUCCGAGUGGUGUUUAACGCAUCGAAGCCAACGUCGUCAGGCCGCAGUCUGAAUGAUUUGCUAUACGUCGGACCGAAACUGCAGAACGACCUCGCCAUCGUCGUCGCCCGUUGGCGACUCCAUCGAUACGCCUUUUGUGCUGAUAUCAAGAUGAUGUUCCGACAGAUUCUGGUGCAACCGACACACACACAUCUUCAGCGCAUACUGUGGAGCCCAUCGCCAUCAGUGCCUGCAAAACAUUACGCUCUUCUUACAGUGACUUAUGGGACGGCGAGCGCUCCCUAUCUAUCUCUGCGGACUCUGAAGCAGCUCUGUAUCGACGAGGGUCAAAACCUGCCAGAGGCAGUACGUGCUGUCAACGAGGAGCUCUACGUGGAUGACUUUCUGAGUGGUGCAGACGAUCUGAAUACAGCACGCGCGCGACGAGAUCAGCUCAUACAGCUGCUGAGGGCGGGCGGCUUUGUCUUGAAGAAGUGGGUUGCUAAUGACCCGACUCUGCUGGAUGGAAUUCCUCCGGAAGACCGUCUCCGACCCACAUUCCUUCAGUUUGCCACCGAAGGGCCCGUGAACGAACUUGGAGUUGCUUGGAAUCCGUCAGAGGAUCAGUUCACCUUUAAUACGACAUCAAGUCAUAGACCCAGUGACGUUCUUACAAAGCGUAUCGCUCUCGCAGAGCUGGCGCAGCUUUUCGACCCUUCCGGCUGGCUUGCGCCAGUCACCGUAAAGGCAAAAAUGAUUAUUCAGGAUAUGUGGAGUAGAGGCUUGAACUGGGACGAGAAUGUCCCUGAACUUCUACAUAGACAGUGGACUGAAUUUCGCGAAGGACUCUCUGACCUCCAUCGAUUCGUUAUACCUCGAUGGAUUGGUAGCAGUGUUACCACACGCCUCCAGCUACACGCUUUCGCGGAUGCCAGUCGCCGGGCGAUAGCUGCCGUCGUCUAUUGUAGAUCUCUCGAUGAAUCAACAUCGCUCGUCUCGACAGCACUUAUUUGGGCCAAAACCAAGCUCGCUCCCGCGCGAAGCUCUCAUCGUCCUCGUCGUCAAGCCCCGAGAAUGACGAUCCCUCGACUCGAGCUCCGUGCAGCGCUGCUAGCGUCUCGUCUCCUGCAGCAUAUCGCCAACGGAAUUGGCGUCCCUAUCGAAAACUGUCACGCCUGGAGCGACUCAAGAAUUGUCUUGCACUGGCUGCGCUCACAAGGUCCAACUGGCAAUAGCGUCGUAGAUGAUUACGUGGCCCAUAUUCAAGAGCUUUCUCGCGGAGUGACUUGGCACCACGUACCGACCGGCGAUAAUCCUGCGGACAUUGCAUCUCGAGGCUCUCGAGUACAGGACCUUGUAACAUCUAGAUUGUGGAUAACGGGGCCCGAUUGGCUUCGACAGCCGGUGUCGGCCUGGCCAGUUCGUCAGCCCAACGAAGACCCGGAUCCCCCGCGUGCGGAUGUUCGCUGUCUUGUAACUAUCCAAUCCACGAGAGAAGAUCCAGUCAUGAUCAAGAAAUUUUCGAACCUGAUGAGACUCCUUCGGGCUCUCACCCGAGCGCGUCGAUGGAUUCACUCACGCCGAGAACCACGGCCGCCUUCGCCGUUGACGCCGGUCAAUGCUGAAGAUAUACGCCGAGAGUUCCGCACCUGUAUCAAGCUGAGUCAGCGCGCUUAUUACGCACGAGAAAUUGAUCAGCUUCAGAGAGGUGUUCAGCUUCUCUCGAGCAACAACCUUCUUCAAUUGAAGCCGUUCUUGGACGAAAACGACUCCCUGAGGGUCGGCGGUCGGCUCUCUAAUUCACUACUCCCAGCAGAAGAGAGACACCCCCUCAUCCUGAGCAGCAAGAGUCAUUUGGCCUGGCUCAUCGUUGACUGGGCGCAUACCCGAGCACUCCAUGGAGGGGUUCGCGCCACCUUCUACCACACCCUUCGCCGUGCCUGGAUCGUUCAAGGCAGAGCUCUCGUGAGGCAAUUCGUCCACCGAUGUACUACUUGUGCUAAAGCAAAUGCAAGAACAAUGCGUCAGGAGAUGGCAGCUCUUCCUGAUCCACGAGUUCAACCGAAUCCCGCCUUCUCCGUCGUCGGAGUAGACUACGCUGGCCCUUUCGACGUUCUCCAGGCUAAAGGUAGCGGUGUACGCACCAAGAAAGGGUACGUUGCGAUUUUCGUGUGCUUCAGUUCCAAGGCCGUGCACAUCGAGCUCGUAGGCGACUGCAGCACCGAAAGCUUCCUCGGCGCACUCACUCGGUUUACAGGGAGACGGGGGCCGACGACUAAUAUCUGGAGCGACAAUGCGACUACUUUUCGAGGAGCUGACAACGAGCUGAAACGUCUGCUGCAGGAGGCCGAGAUCGAUUGGGGUCGGAUCGAGGGGAGUCUUGCCGAAAGAGGGAUCAAAUGGACAUUUAUUCCUCCGGGAGCUCCACACUUCGGCGGUCUUUGGGAGACCGCAGUCCGAUCUAUGAAGCUACAUUUGCGCCGUGUUAUCGGACCUAGACAUCUCACAUACGAGGAGCUGAACACACUUCUCGUUGACAUUGAGAGGGUUCUCAACUCGCGACCUCUCGCUUCUUUCACCGGAGACGUUGAUGACCUCGAAGCCCUGACGCCAUCUCACUUGGCGAACGCCCGUUCACUCAAUUCCAUACCCCAACCCAAUAAAGCUCAUCUCAGCCUUGAGCCAGCGAGGCACUGGGAUCUUGUCAGACGCUUACGAGAUCACUUCUGGGAGCGAUGGAGCCGAGAAUAUCUGCAUACUCUUCAACAGCGAGUGAAGUGGAAUCGGCCUCACCCAAAUCUCGAGGAAGGUGACGUAGUAGUCAUCGUCGAUCCGUCACUUAUGAAAGAUAAUGGAAAUUGGCCCCUUGGACGAAUCGUCAAGACAUAUCCUGGUCCGGAUGGCAGGGUCAGGGUCGCCGAAGUUCGCACCACUCACGGCUCAUACGUGAGGCCAGUUGUCAAACUUGUGCUAUUGCCGUGCAGCCGUCAAGGCGGGCGGCUUACUCCAGCACAAGGCGAUGGUUCCUCCCAAGAAGUUUAA